AUGGCUGAUGCAAUCCAUAUCUCAAAAGUGCCUAUUUUUACAAAAAAGGAAAGGGAAUUCAGUGAUAUACAAAAAAGGAAAGAAUCAAGUGAAAAAAUUUUAAAUAAAGAAACUGAUAGAUUUACGUUAUAUCCCAUUUUAUAUCCUGAUGUGUGGGAUUUUUAUAAAAAAGCAGAAGCAUCGUUUUGGACAGCAGAAGAAAUUGAUUUGUCAAGUGACUUGAAAGAUUUUGAAAAGUUAAAUGAAAAUGAAAAACAUUUUAUAAAAUAUGUGUUAGCAUUUUUUGCAGCAAGUGAUGGGAUAGUUUUAGAAAACUUAGCUAGUAAGUUUUUAAGAGAAGUUCAAAUAACUGAAGCAAAAAAGUUUUAUUCUUUUCAAAUAGCAGUAGAAAAUAUCCAUUCAGAAACAUAUAGUUUAUUGAUUGAUAAUUAUAUAAAAGAUGAAAAGGAAAGAUUAAAUUUAUUUCAUGCAAUUGAAAAUAUACCAGCUGUAAAAAACAAAGCCUUAUGGGCAGCUAAAUGGAUAAAUGAUACAAAUUCCUUUGCAGAAAGAAUAGUAGCAAAUGCUUGUGUAGAAGGAAUUUUAUUUAGUGGAAGCUUCUGCGCAAUUUUUUGGUUUAAGAAACAAAAUAAACUACAUGGAUUAACAUUUAGUAAUGAAUUAAUUAGUAGAGAUGAAGGAUUACAUACUGAUUUUAAUUGUUUAAUAUAUAGCUUGUUAGAGAAUAAAUUACCUGAAGAAGUUGUUCAGAAUAUUGUUAAAGAGGCUGUUGAAGUAGAAAGAUCUUUUAUAUGUGAAUCUUUACCUUGCGAUUUAAUAGGAAUGAAUUCUAGACUAAUGUCACAAUAUAUUGAAUUUGUAGCAGACCGAUUAUUAGAAUGCCUAGGGUGUUCAAAGGUUUUUCAUUCAAAAAAUCCUUUUAAUUGGAUGGAUUUGAUUUCACUUCAAGGAAAAACCAAUUUUUUUGAAAAAAGAGUUGCUGAUUAUCAAAAAUCUGGUGUAAUGGCUCAAAGAAAAGAUCAAGUAUUUUGUUUAAAUACUGAUUUCUAA